AUGGUAAGAGAUAACAGAAUUUCAGUUUUAGCAAUAAUUGAGCCCCUGGUUAAGCCAAAGCCUGAUGUUUUUAGUAGGGUUUGUGGGAUGAAAUUUAAAGGUUCUAAUAAAAAUGGCCAAAUUUGGGUGUUCGUGACGGAAGACAUUGAGGUGGAUGGGUGGGAUGACUUGGACCAUGUUUUUCAUGGCCGGUAUGCUUCUCCUUCCUUACCGGUUCCUCUCUUCAUCUCGGUAGCUUAUGGUAAAUGCUCUAGGGAGGGGAGGAUAGAGAUGUGGGAUAAGCUCCGAGAACUUGCUGCGAAGUUGGAUGGGUCACCUUGGUUGGUGGGGGGAGAUUUUAAUAUCUUUGUGUCUGAGGAGGAAAGACAGGGAAGUGUGAGGAGACAAGGUAGGAAAAUCAGAGAAAUGAAGGACUUUGCAGAAACUAUUAGUGACUGUCAACUGCUUGACGUGGGAGCGGAUGGACCAAAAUUCACUUGGGCAAGGGGAUAUACUUUUGAGCGACUUGACAGAGUGCUACUUGGUGAAGGUUGGGAGAAUGUCUUUGAGUCGACGAGAGUUACUAACCUCCCCAGAAUUCUCUCGGAUCAUUGUCCCCUUUUGGUUGCUUUCCGGUUCCCGGGUCCUUGGGUCAAGCCAUCUUUUCAGUUUCAAAAUAGGUGGGUGCGACACCCCUUGUUCCUUAAGGAAGUUGAAAGAUGUUGGAGGGAGGAAACGGGCACCUUUGGCAUGGUUAACAUUCAAAUCAAACUGAGCCGUCUAAAGAGAAGCCUAAGAAUCUGGAAUCUUGUAGUUUUUGGCAACAUUUUUGAGAAACUUAGAAAAGCUGAAGAGGAGGCCAAGGAAACAUCGGAAAGGUAUGAACAAAAUCCUUCUCCAGCCCUUCGCACGGAGAUGAACAAAUCUAUAGUUGAAUUUCUUGUACGGUUGAAAAUGGAGGAAGAUUUUUGGCGUCAGAAGGCGGCUAUUAAAUGGGUGGCUGAAGGGGAGAGGAAUACCAGAUUUUUUCAUGGUUGGGUGAAGCAGAAAACGAUCAAGGCGAGAAUACAUACGAUUGAGGAUGGAGAGGAAAUUCUAACAGACGAUGCGCAGAUUAGAAACUCGACAGCAAACUUUUUCAAAGAGCUGUUGACAGAGGAUGUAGGGCUAUUGGGGGAACCUGGGCCUGUUGGAAGCUGA